UCGAGAAAGGACGAUUCUCCCACGAGCUUCGAAGAGCAGUCGGUGAGACAAAGGGCGAAUUGUAAUUUUCGACGAAGAAAGGAGUCGGAAGCUCGCCGCAUGGCAAUUCACCGCGUGAUUUGAACGCAGAAGAUUCUUGUUCGGAUUUCUCGUGGCGCGAGCGGACCGGCUGCAGUUUCAGCAUGUGGCGAUUUGGAUGUCGCUGUAGGGCACUCGAGAGGAAUCGAUUCGGGACUAUUUUGUGAGACCUUGGAGUGCUGCUGUGGCCGAGACCAUCCGCAUUUUCUGAAUUUUGAUUUGAGGACGGAAAAUGGCGGCGAAAGGUCGAAGCUUUGUGAGGAAAGCAGCUCCUUCUGGGGGAUAUGUUCAAGCCAUUGGAGCUAAAUCGGGUCCUCACGGAAUUUCGCUUGUUUCUUCUGGGCUCUCCGACCUGGAUCAGAUCAUCGGAGGAGGGAUUCCCGUCGGAGGAAUCGUGAUGGUCAUGGAAGAUUUGGAAGCUCCUCAUCACAUGCUCCUUUUGCGUUACUUCAUGGCUCAGGGGUUAGCCCACGGGCAGCCUCUACUGUUUGCAAGCCCCCUGUCAUCUCCCAGGUCUUUCCUCGGUACACUGCCUUCUGUUGCAACCGGCGAGGACAGCAGGAAGUCUCGAGCUAGUCCUGAUAAGAACCUGCCGGGAGAGGACCUCAGGAUUGCUUGGCAGUAUAGAAAAUACUUAGUUGAGCAGCAAGAGCUUGCAGACCGACGAAUGCGACAGCAAGAGUUAUCUCAUUCAUGGUCUGUACCUUCGUUUGAGCAGCAGUUUUCUGCAACCGUGCAGGUGCAAGACUACAAUUCGAAGUUCGAUUUAAGGAAGCCAAUGGAGAGAGCGCUCUUCAAUGCUGAGAAUGUUGAGUGCCUCAGUCUCCAGGGUGGAGGAAGUUUUGCUCUGCUUGAAGAAAAGUGUGCUGCUUUCUGCAGCAAACUUAGCAGGUCUGAGACUGGGCCGCAGCAGAUCGGUAGGAUUGCUCUGCAAUCUUUGUGUGCACCACAAUGUAUGCUCACAUUGACGGAUUGGGAGAUGAUGGGGUUUUUACAUCGACUCAAGGGCACGCUGCGAAUGGCCAGGGCAGUGGCUUUCAUAACCUUUCCCGCCGCACUUCUGAAAUCUACUUUCAGCUCACGAUGGCAGCACCUUACUGACAUUCUGCUGUCUGUGGAAGCUGUGCAAGAUGAAGACAAAGAACUGGAAGCCAUGCUUACAGACUACAGGGAUAUAGUAGGCUUUCUUCGGGUUCACAAGCUUGCAUCUAUAAACACUCAGGUACCUGUAGUUUCAGAUGCAGGCUCUUAUGCUAUCAAGGUGCUCCACAAGAGGAAAGUGGUCUUGGAACAACUCCAGCAAGCACCAAUCGAUGCUUCUGGUGACCAGUCAGGGGGUACAGCUGCUCUUUUAUGUGCAAAACCUGCGAAUGCAUCCUCUCCGCUAGACUUUUGAAGUUGCGCGCUGAAAAUUAUCAACAACUCACUUGUCCUCUCAACCAUGUGUUGACAAGUUGAAAAGCCGAAGUGUUGACAGGGUUGCACCAGAGAUAUGAAGGUCGAUAAGCCCGACAGCUUCACAAUGGGGACAAAGAUUGUAUGUAAAAGGAUGGGAAGAUCCCAUCAGGCCGAAGAAAAGGGAAUACGAUCAGAAAGCAGGACUGGCCAUGAUUUCGAGAAAUAUGUCAUACAGCACUUAUGUAGUGUUUGUAUGUAUAGUAGGUCAGAAAUUUCUCAGUUUCACGUGUUAACAAUUUUGGUUUAUCACUUCAUCACUCGUUAGUUGCAUUUUACAACGCAACCUCUUAUUUACAUAUUUUGAGAAAUACACAUGAAAAAAUCUUCGAUUAUGUUGCCACGUAGAGGAGGUAGCUUUUGCGGGCUGUCUCAAAACCUUGAAUAUUCAAUUGAAAAGUGUACACUGUAAAAGUAAAUUACCACAUGAUCAUGUAUGUGAUACCUUUCUCAUGGGUUCCA